AUGUUGAGCCCCAAGAGACUUGUUGUGAAGGCAAAGAAAGGGAUCCCCUUAGCGUUGACGAGGUCCAGUGGCAGUAGUAGUGUGAUUGCCGACAAGGGGCACUUUGUGGUGCACACUGUGGAGGAUGUCAAGUUCGUGCUGCCUUUGCCAUUUCUCAAGAACUCGAUAUUCCAGGAGCUGCUGAGAAUAUCAGAAGAGGAGUUUGGAUUGCCUGGGAAUGGGCCGAUUAAAUUGGCAUGCAGUGCAGCUUUUAUGAAGCACGUGUUGUCGCCGUUGUUCUAG